AUUACCCAUCAUUGUUGUUCAAUCAGUAAGAUAAGUAAGAUGGAAUCCAGUGGUCUCUUCAGCUGUCCCAUCAGGGUGAAAAACGAACCCUGUGAUACGUCUCUUAUUGACAAUGAUGACAAUGGAAUCGAUGAGGUGCCUGAUGUUAAAAAUUUCCGAUUCUCCAGGGAAUAUUCCACGUUUCAUGACGGUGACAAAAAUCACGAACAUAAAUUUGACGAAAUGCAAAUUUUGUUUGAGUGCAAAGACGUCAAGCUUAUUAUGAAUUCAUUAGAAAAUAAGAAAACUGACGAUUAUUCACCAAAAUACUUGCGGAAUAGGAAGUAUAGCGACGACGAAACUCAAAAUGCAAUUAAAAUAGAAACUCUGGAUGGAGUCAAAAAGGAAAUUGAUUUGAAUUUCGAUUAUGAAUUUGCCGAGCAUAAUGAAAAGAGAAGUGAUCAAAAGGAUUUCAACGAUAAACAUAGACUCAAAACAAACAUCGAUUCUGUGCACACGGGUACCAAAAAUACGUGCGAUACGUGCAGAAAGACGUUCAAAAGAAAGGCCGAUAUGAAGAAGCAUGUUCAAUCAGUUCAUAAUGGUGUCACCCACUCAUGUACUAUUUGUGGAAAGACAUAUAAAAGGAAGGGUGAUUUGACGAGGCACGUUCAAUCAGCGCAUGAUGGUGUCACCCACUCGUGUACUAUUUGCGGAAAAUUGUUUCAAUAUAAAAUUAGUCUUAAAAGCCACAUCGAUUCAGUGCACAAUGGAACCAAACAUGCAUGUGACGUUUGCGGCAAGAAAUUUUCAUUUAAAAGUAAUCUCCAAGCCCACAUCGAUUCGAUGCACAACGGGACGAAACAUAUGUGCAGUACAUGUGGAAAGAUGUUUACAAGGAAGGGUGAUCUGACGAGGCAUGUUCAAACAGCCCAUAAUGGUGUCACUUCCUCGUGUGAUAUUUGUGAAAAGACAUUCUCAACAAUUUGGUAUCUCCAAACUCACAUCGAUUCGAUGCACAAUGGGACCAAAUAUGCAUGUGACGUUUGUGGCAAGAAAUUUGCAUUUAAAUGUAAUCUCCAAACCCACAUCGCAUCGAUGCAUAAUGGUGUCACCCACUCAUGUAAUAUAUGUGUCAAGAAAUUUUCAACAAAAUAUAAUCUCCAAGCCCACAUAGAUUCAAUGCACAAUGGGAUUACUUACUCAUGUGAUUUUUGCGGCAAGACGUUUGCAUGGAAGAGUGAUCUGUCGAGGCAUGUUCAAUCAGCGCAUAAUGGUGUCACCUACUCAUGUGAUACUUGCGGAAAGGCAUUUAUUCAAAAAUAUAAACUCAAAAUCCACAUCGAAUCGAGGCACAAUGGGAUUACUCACUCAUGUGAUAGUUGCGGCGAGACAUUUUCAUCGAAAAAUAAUCUCAAAAUACACUUUGUUUCGAUGCAUAAACAUGCCCCUCUAGCAUGUGACUAUUGUGGAAAAAAAUUUAAAUAUCCAUCUGGUCUCCAUAAGCAUGUUAAAUCGUCGCAUGAUGGUACCACCCAUUCAUGCAAGACAUGCGGAAAGACGUUUGGAAAAAGAGCAAAUCUCAAAGCUCAUAUCGAUCUGGCUCAUCGCACCCGCAUUAUGGAAUCUAGUGAUGUACUCAAUUCUGUUGUCAGGGUAAAAGAGGAGCCUCGUGACGAAUCGCUCAUUGAAAACGAUUACCAUACCGUAGACGAGAAACCCGAUCUGAAAAACUUUCAACUCUUGUCGUUUCCGAAAAACAAUUCGACCCAUACGCUUCGAGAACUUAAUGACGAAAUGGAAAUAGUUUUUGAAAGUGAAGACGUCAAGCCUAACAUUGAUUUAUUGACAAUCCCGAAAAUUGGUCAGGAUUUUCAAAAUCACUUGCAGAAAGUGAAAGACAGUGACGGUUAUAAAACUCAAAACUUAAUUAAAAUCGAGGAAAUGAAACAAGAAAUUAUCAAUGACGUUGCAGAACAAUUUAAUUCAAAUCUCGAUUGUGAAAUUGUCGAGCAAAAUCAAAAAAAGAGAAUUUCGAAAAAAUCUGACCAGCAACAUGAGAUCCAAACUCAGAUUGAUACGGUGCAUAGUGAUGGUAUCCACGCGUGUGAAACAUGUGGAAAAACAUUUAAAUAUAAAAGUAAUGUCAAAACUCACGUUGAUUCGGUGCAUAAAAAAAAAACUUAUAUAUGUGAUAAUUGUGGAAAGUCAUUUACUCUGAAAAGUAGUUUGAAAAACCACAUCGAUUCAGUGCACAAUGGGACUAAACAUACGUGCAGUACAUGUGGAAAGACAUUUACGCAUAAAAGUUAUCUUAAAAUACACAUCGAUGGAAUACAUAAUGGUAUCACUCACUCCUGUGAUAGUUGCGGCAAGACAUUUACUCAGAAAGGUAGUCUCAAAAUCCACAUCGAUUCUGUGCACAAUGGAACCAAAUAUGCAUGUGACGUUUGUGGCAAGAAAUUUUCAUUUAAAUGUAAUCUCCAAACCCACACCGAAUCGAUGCAUAAUGGGAUUACUUACUCAUGUGAUAUUUGCGGAAAGACGUAUCAAAGAAAGGGUGAUCUGAUGAGGCACGUUCAAUCAGCGCAUAAUGGUGUCACCUAUUCAUGUGAUAUUUGUGGAAAAACAUUCACAAAAAAAAGUUAUCUCAGAAUCCACGUCGAUUCCGUGCACAAUGGUGUCACUCACUCAUGUGAUAGUUGCGGCAAGACAUUUACUCAGAGAGGUAGUCUCAAAACCCACAUCGAUUCGAUGCACAAUGGAACCAAACAUGCAUGUGACGUUUGCGACAAGAAAUUUUCAUUCAAAUGUAAUCUCCAAGCCCACAUCGAUUCGAUGCACAAUGGGAUUUUUCACUCAUGUGAUAUUUGUGGAAAGACGUAUAAAAGUAAGGGUGAUCUGAUGAGGCACGUUCAAUCAGCGCAUAAUGAUGUCACCUAUUCAUGUGAUAUUUGUGGAAAAACAUUCUCAAGAAAUUGGUAUCGCCAAACCCACAUCGAUUCGAUCCACAAUGGUGUCAAACAUGUAUGCGAUAUUUGCGGCAAAACGUUUAAAAGGAAGAGUGAUCUGACGAAGCAUGUUCAAUCAGCGCAUAAUGGUGUCACCCACUCAUGUGAUAUUUGUGGAAAGACAUUCUCAAGACAUUGGUAUCUCCAAACCCACAUCGAUUCGAUCCACAAUGGUGUCAAACAUGUAUGCGAUAUUUGCGGAAAGGCGUAUAAAGGAAAGAGUAAACUGUAUAAGCACGUUCAAUCCGCGCACAGUGGUGUCACCCAUUCAUGAAAUAGAUGCGGAAAGACGUAUAAAAGGAAGGGUGAUCUGACGAGGCACGUUAAAUCAACGCAUAAUGGUGUCACUUUCUGAUCAUGUGAUAUUUGUGGUAAAUCAUUCCCACAUAAAAGUAGUCUUAAAAUCCACAUCUACUCGGUGCAUCGCUCAUGCAUUUAAACUUACUUGUGUAGAAGACUGAUUAAAAAAAUGUUCAUUUAUAAUAAUUCAUUUCUUCGUCCAAUGAUAUCACAUUAUGUUAAAAUAAUUUUCAAGUUUUUUAUAGGUUGACAAAUUUUUCCAGGAAAUAAAGCACAUUUUAUUUGUAAGCUAAUAUUAAGCCAUUAAGUGGAUGAAAUUUAUAAUCACUUCGCCGCAUGCUUCGAUCGCCUUGGACAUGCAGAAUUUAUUUUGCGACUUGCUUACAUCUAUACUUAUACAUAAACUACGUUA